GUGCGCGUCAGCGCCUUUCCCGGUAGUCCUUGGAGGUGCACUCGGCGCGCCAAGUCCCAGGCAUUGGGCGGGAGUCUGCAGAGCCGAUGACUUCCUUGUUUGCUCAAGAAUUUCGCCUUUCUAAAAGACAUGAAGAAAUAGUAUCACAAAGACUAAUACUACUUCAACAAAUGAAGAAUAAAUCUGGAAACAAAAACACAGAAAAGGUAUCUCAACUGCCAGCAGCUGAGACUGCUUUUAAAAGGAACCUUAGUCUUUUAAAGGAUAUAGAAGCAGCAGAGAAGUCUCUGCAGACCAGGAUUCACCAACAUCCUCUGCCUGAGGUGCUUUCUCUUGAGGCUCGUUACUGGGCAUCAGUGGAAGACUAUAUUCCCAAAUGGAAACAGUUUCUUUUAGGAAGAGCACCAUACCCCAUUGGUGUUGAAAAUCAUGAUAAAACAGAAAACAACCUUCAAAAGAAAGCUGCAAAGCAAUUAACUUCUUCACAUGCAUUUUAAAAGACCUAUUUAACAAGCUGGAUAUGUAACAUUUGUAGACAAGUAUGAUAAUUUCAGGAAUUGACUAUGUCCCUAUAACAACAUGAACAUUGUAUCAUAAAUGACAAUAGAGACAUAAUUAUGUACUGAGAAAUGUUAGACUGUCACCUAGUGCUACUUCAAGGUCACAGAUUUGUUUUCUGCUAACCCCACUGAAGUGUUAACAACUGAUAUUAAAGGUAUAAUGUUUAGUCAAUGAAGUAUGAAAUCAGUGUUGUCAUUUAGAAUACUUACAACCAUUCUCAUGUAAGCAGGUUGGUUAUCAGUUUUCUAGAACCUAUACUUUUAAGCUAUUACAUUGUGGGGAAAAGGUAUAGGAUCAAGAUGGCUCCUUUUAACAAAUAAAAACAUGGUGACACUUACCUGCUGUUGUACAUAAUAGUUAUCAAAAAAUAGAUCUAGAGGAUUAUGCGCCUCAUAGAUAGACCUCCCACAGCUGUGGAGAUGGACAGGCCUAUACUGUGAAGCAUUUGGUAAGUAGCUAGUUUCAGGAAGACUUGGAAUUGGUUU